AUGGAAUCCUCUGAACCAACCACAACAACUUCUUCUUCCUCGUUGAUCUCCUCUGUUGUGGAUGGUUGCCCUGAUCAAGAGAUUUCACAAAAGAAGAAGAGAAAAUUGAAUCAAACAGAGGAGAUGCAUUCAUCUUUGGAUCAGAUGAAUUCAAACUCAUCCACACCACCACUCCGCAGUGAGUGCAACUACAAGGUGAGAGGCGAGCAAUCGCGAUGUGGUGUUUCAUCUUCAAAAUGUUUGGACAAGAUGACUUGCAGUCGUGGUCAUGAUAGCUCCAACCAAGAGUGUCCAUUAUUACCUUUCAUGUCUCAACAAGUGUCAUUGACAGAAUAUUUGAGCAUCAUUAAGCGACUGUCUCAUGUUCCUGACAUGCAAGAAACAAAUCAGCCAUCAAUACAAGUCCCAUCGACCAAUGAAAACCAUGAUGACAGUUUCGCACUUCUUUCUCCUUUUACCUCUUUACAAGAACAACAACCACCAUCCUCCACUUUUGAUCUGUUUCCUAAUACCUCUCAACAAAUGCAACCACAACCAUUACCUCAACUACAACAACAACCAUUCCGAGUACACCCACUGAAUCAAGUCCAGCAAUGGUAUGCUGGAGAAGUGGAUGUAACCAACAACAACAAUACUUCUUCUUCAAGCGCUUGUUCUGUUCAUUCCUUUUCUCACCACAAAAACCUCUCUGAAUUGGAAUUGUAUAAUAUCAAUAACCACCACUCCAACAACAACAAUUUCAUGAUUCAUGAAGAACAACCAAAACCUCUUUCCAACUUUUUGAUCUCUGGUCACCUAUCUUGUUCUUCUGAUACCACUAUUGAUGCUUCUUCAUUGUCGUCAACAUUGGAUGUGAAUGCCAUGUUAAAACAAGUACUUGUCCAAUUAUUAAUGGAAGCAAUCACUGCAAAUGGUAACAGCAAUGAAGCGACUCCUUCUUCUGUUUCAUUCGAUCACUCUAUGCAUGACCAUUCGUCUUAUCUGAACCUUUCUGAUGAUGCCAAUUGGACACCAGUGGAUAGUGAUCAAUCAUCAUCGCCAAACAUUAGUGGAAAUGUCCAUUCUGAUCCCUCUCUGGGUGAUUUCAUUGGAGACGACCAAAUCAUGUGA